UUGACGUUUGGCUAUAACUCCAAAACCUAUUUCAGUCGAUCCGAAUCAGAUAUACCAGACUUUGCCUCCGAAUCGCUUUGGGCACUAAAAGCCCAGCGGACAAGCGAAGAAGAAAGACAGCGCCGCAUAGUUUUCAUUUGCCAUAGCCUCGGGGGUCUGGCUUUCAAACAGGCCGUAAUCAUGGCCCAUGAGCAAGACCGCCACUACUCCUGUAUCUUGGACCAUAUUCACGGUGUGGUUUUCUUUGGCACACCGCAUCACGGCUCGAGCCUAGCUGCUUGGGACGAAAUCGGCACUCUCAUUGUCAAGGCUAGCACGCUUGGAUACGUCACCAACAGCAAAUUAUCGAGCAGUUCAAAGGUCGAUUCGAGGUUUCUGAGGCGCGUACCGGAGUCAUUCGCAGCUCGCGGGGAAGACUUCGAAGUUAGAAGCUUCUAUGAGAAUGUACGAAUGAAGGGUUUGAACUGCAAAAUAUCUCUCCAGGUCGUUGAGAAAGAAUCGGCCAUGUUGAAUUGGCCAAAAGAGCUGCCCAUUGCCUCGAACGCCAAUCAUUUCGAUAUCUGCAAGUUUCCGUCACCAGAAGACUCGAGAUACAAGGCUGCUUCUCUCGCUAUUCGCGAGGCAUUGGGGGACUUAGCAUCAGGCACCGAUAUCCCCCUCGAUCCGCUAGCGAUGGCAUGCCUAAAGGAACUCAAUUCAACCUACGUACACCAUCUUGACCAGAUAGACUACCCGAUAGCCAAGACUUGCGAAUGGGUCACUUCACAUAAGAUAUGGAAUUUAUGGGACUCGAUACCGGGCUCAGCUCUUCUUUGGAUCACAGCUGAUGUUGGCUGUGGAAAGUCGGUGGCGGCGAAGUAUCUGGUCGAUUUUUUCCAGAAGCGAACCUCCAGAGCAUAUCUUCAUACUCAUGUCUGCUGCUUCUUCUUCAAGGAAAGACUAGAACACCAGGACAAAGGACACUCGGCCGUUUCAGCGGUCCUUCACCAACUCUUCUCCAAACAACAUCGAUCAAUACACCACGCCAUUGUCAAAUACUCUAGUAUGCCAAAGAGUAGCUUCAAUUGCUUUUCUACACUCUGGUCCAUUCUUCUAGCGACGAUGGAAGACCCUCACACGAAGAGUGCGGUGUGGAUACUGGAUGGCCUAGAUGAGUGCGAAGAGAAGUCACUGGUCGAGUUCAUCAAAGCUCUGGCAGACUUCGUCCAGUCUCGCAACGCAGUGCCCAUCAAACCAAGGCCGACCUGUAAGAUCAUUCUCCUAAGCCGACCCCUCAACUCUAUCGAAAGAAGGUUCGGACUCCGGUCAGACAAUGGAAGCCACAACAUUGGCUUACAGUAUAGCGAAGAGUCUAGCAGUUUCAGGCUCAGUGCUGAGGAAGAGAGUGGCUCCGUUGCGAAGGAUAUCGCUCAAUUCGUUGUAUCAAAAGUUUCGGAUCUGGGUCGACGGUCUGAACUAUCUGCCGACAUUCUCCAUCGACUUGAACAACAGCUUAUCAACAGUGCUGAUUACACUUUCCUUUGGGUGUCUUUGGACAUGAAUAUCGUGAAAGAAGCGGAGGUUGACGGAAUCUCAAUGGGUCAGAUCGAAGCCAUCUUGGCCACCACCAAGCUCGAAGACGUCUACGAAAAACUCUUGUAUGGUAGAGUAUUGCCUUUGAAGACCAGAAAAGUCUUGCUGCUUAUCCUUUCCGCCGUUCGCCCAUUGACUUUGGAUGCGUUAUGCGGAGCUGUGGAAGUCAAUCAAGACUACCACGAACAGCAAGAUUCAGAGGAGUCGAAACGAGCGUUGGCCCACUUAGACAGGGCCAACUUAGACAUGAUAUCUCGAGAGGUCAAGGUGAAAGAAAACGAGCAACGGAAAGUUAUCAUUAGGUUCGGAAGAGUAAUUACUUCGACCAACCUGAUGCAGCAGCUAGAGAACAACGAAAGAAGAGCCACGAGGGCCAUUUCGCUCCGGCCUAAGGCAAAUCAUGAAAGAGUCGGUAGACAGCCAGAAUUCCAGAUGCGAACAAUGUCGAAUUUUCAAGAGCUGCAAAACCACAUGCACAAGCCGUUCGUAAGUCAUCUGCGACAAGUAUGUGGCCAUUUCGUCAGGAUCCGCAAACGAAAAAUCUAUGUAGUUCAUCAGACAGCCCGCCAAUUUCUUUUGGAUAAACACAGGGAGCUCAGGUUCGGGACGAUUUCUCAACGACCAAGGUACUCUUUACCCACAGAUCAAGACCGGCAGAAGCCAGGAAGCUCAACACUUGUUUCUCAAUGGCAACAUUCAAUCAGUCUAGCGGAUGCAAAUCUGUACAUGCUUCAAAUUUGCGUUGAUUACAUUGGCCUGUUUCGGUCAGCAAAGGCAUUCAAGAAGACUGCCUUGAGUAGACAAGAAGCGAAUGCGUAUCUCAACGAGUGUUGCAAGGACCCUCCUCGGGCUUUACUAAGAUACGUCUCGCGUCAUUGGUUAGAUCAUUAUCGACCUGUGCGGGAGGACCUGAAGCUCUCGUAUGAUUAUCUCCUACAGCUAAAUACUCCACAGUUCAACGCAUGGAUUGUCUCUCAUGGCUCAUGGAUGCCGGAAGAACAACGGAGAGUUUUAGAAGUAGGGGGUAUUUCCAUCAUCAAGGAGGAGGAAGAGGAGUUCGGCACACCCCCGAGCAUCCCCUUCCAGGCGCGUCACGUUAGAGUCAAAAGACGCCAGGCUGAUGCCAACAUCGGUCCUUCGGAGAAGAAAGAGCAAGAACUCCAAGCGGCUUUGCAAUAUUUCAGUCUACUAGGCAGAGAAAUUGAUUUGUACGACGAAGAGUAUAUUCACGGAAAGCGAUACUGGAAGGGAAGGGACUACAUCGAAUCAAGCGAUGCCAGUACAGAGACCUCAGACGAAAAAGAUGAGAGAGUUGAAAAGAACCCAAACGAGUCGGGGGCAACGGUUCCUGAUCGCAUGCAGUACUACCGCCAACAGCAGAGUAGACGUGUGAUGGGUAUUAUUGAAGAGGGUCGAGUUUCAACCUCAGCUUCCAUGGCAAAUCCAACUUCGUCUCGUUCUUGA